UUAAGUCUCUUGAUUCCAGCUGGUCACUGAGCCCUAUGACUGAAGAGCCUGAGCCAAAGGGGGGAUACUGUGGUUUUUCUGGCCUCUUGAGGUCAGGAUCAGGCUAUUCAGAAGGAAAUGGUCUUCCUUUGCCCAUGAUGUCCUCACAGCUGCCUGGUGAUAGGUCUAGAGACUAUGCCCUUUACUCUCAGAGCUCCAUGAAGUGGGCAGCCUGAAGAUGGCUAAUUACACAGUGGCUCCAGAGGAUGAAUAUGAUGUCCUGAUAGAGGGCGACCUGGAGAAUAUUGAGGUAGACCAACCUGGCAAAUAUGACGCUGAUGUCCUUUCUGCUGAGCAGGCACUGCUGCUCUGCUCCACUGUGUUCGUAAUUGGGUUCCUGGACAACAUCUUGGUUGUGUUCAUCCUGGUGAAAUAUAAAACACUCAAGAAUGUGGGAAACAUCUACCUUCUAAAUUUGGCAGUUUCUAAUUUGUGUUUCUUGUUUCCUCUUCCAUUCUGGACUUACAUUACUUCACAUGAGGAAAGCCCUGGUGAUCCCAUGUGUAAAGUUCUAGUUGGACUCCACUCUGCAAGCUUACAGGGCGAGGUACUUUUCAACAUCCUUCUCCUUGUGCAAGGGUACAAGGUGUGUGCUCAUAUGAGAAGUUUGUCUGCCUCCUUCAAGAUGGUGCCUUAUGGUGUCAUUACAAGUGUCCUGAUGUGGGUUGUGGCUAUUCUGAUCAUUUUGCCAGAAUUAAUCUUUUAUGAACCUCAGAUGGAAAGAAAGAAAUACACAUGCUGCUUUAGCAGAUAUCAGUUCCUUCUAUCUGAGGAGACAUUCAAGAGUUUUCUGACAUUGAAGAUGAACAUUUUGGUACUGGUUUUCCCAUUGUUUGUUUUUAUAUUUUGUUUUGUGCAAAUGAGGAAAGUACGAAGCUCUGAGGGCAGGCAGUGUGACCUUUGUAAGCUUGCUUUUGUCACUAUGGGUGUCUUCCUCUUGAUGUGGACACCCUAUAAUAUUGCACUUUUCCUGUCUACUCUCGAAGAACACUUGUUCCUUGAAGACAAGAACCGCUACAACCUGGAUGUAAGUGUUCAAGUCACAAAGAUCAUUGCCAUCUCUCACUGCUGUGUCAACCCUCUCCUCUAUUUGCUUCUUGAUAAAGACUUUAGAAAAUACCUCUGCAGCCUGUUCCCAUUGUGUGAAGACAUCUCAUUUCAGACUGUGGUGGACUCUGCACAAGCUACUAUGCCAAGGGAAGGUGAUAACUAUUCUACUGACCUGUAAACUAGCUGCAUCAAAGGUGGAACAAAUAAACAUUGGUUUAAAAUA